AUGGGAUCCAAGUCUGGAAAGCAGUACGCAGUUGAGAGCCAAGAGGAAACUCAACAGUGGUCUGAAGAGCCUGAAGCAGAAGGCCAGGAGACUUGGAAUGAAGAAGCGUGGCGAAACCAAGAUGGCCAAUGGGAUGAACAAACUGGUGAGCAAGGUGCCAUCUGUGUUGCCAGUGCUGAUUCAGCACAGCAAGCACCCAGACAGAGGCCACUCACCAAGUAUGAGAACGCGUUGGAAGGAGAGCAGAAGGAGUUCAUUAAGGGAAAGAUUUGGAAGCGCCCUGAGGUGUUCUGGAAUAUGCCCUUCAGGUUGGUAUGCAACCAAAGCUGCUACGAGUUCAGGUUCUACUGUGGAUACCAGCGCUGCAAACACAAAGGUUUCAACACCCCAUCUCAAUUCAAUCAACAUCUUCGGUCAAAGGUUGGCACUCAUGGGCAUCCAGACCAAGAACAAAUCGAUGCUUGGGAGAAGGACCCCUACGUGGUGCCAGAAGGACGCAGGCCAUAUGGACUUUGGGAUCCAGUGACUGGCAACUUGGUGAAUGCUGAGGUACAAGAGGUUGAUUCUGAACCUUUGAGGGUAGCCAUCGAGAGGAGCAAGGAGAGAAUGAGGUUGGAGCUCUCUCCAAAGAAGCCACCUAUUCAAGAAGCUACUGACGUCAAGAAGAAGGAGACAGCUUUGAGAGAGGAGAAGGGUCAAGACCUUGCAAAGAAAGACGUCAAAGCUUUGGAGAAGAAAAAGCGUGAGGAGAAAGAGUCAUUGCAGAAGAAACCUGUUGGAUUCACACCUGGUGCUGUGGCAAAAUUCACUAAGGCCUUGAUCAUGCAGAAACUUGAAGAGGUCAAGUCCAUUGAAGGAACCUUGGUACUUCUGGAUCGUGACCACCCAGCACGCAAAGCUUUGGAGGAGACCAUCACCCAGAAGAAGGAGGAGAUGAAGAAGAUCCAAGCUGAAAGACAGAAGGAGGAAAGCGCCAAGAAGAGGAAGAAGAAGAAGAAGAAGCAGAAGAAGAAGAAGACGAAGAAGAAGAAGAAGAAGAAGAAGCAAGAGGAGGAAAAAGAAGCGCCCUUUGUCAACCCUGAGGAUGAAGAGGACGCAGAGGUUCAAGCCUUGUUGGCUGAAGUUGGAAAGCCACCAGAACAAGCAUCUGGUAGUGCUGGUUCAGCACACCAAGAUCGCAAGUCAAAGGCUGACACUUCCAAGUACUAUGGUGGAUCAUCAAAGAGUUGGUCCUGCAAGUGGAAAGGCAGUUGGGACAAGCAGUCCUAUUGGAAGCACGAUCAAUGGGAGAACUACUACAGUUCUGGUCAAGAUAACUUGGAAGAAUCUCCAAAGAGGCCCAAGAUCGACUUUCGUGAUCGAAGAGUUGCAGGGCCAUUGAGGAUUGCCAAAGGACGCAUGGGACCUCCAUCUUCUGAAGAAAGCCAAGGAGGUGAUGAUGCUGAACUAGAAGGUCUUGAACCCACUGAUGAUGAGCUGAAAGCAGAGGCGCCCAAUGAGGAGGACGAUGAGAUGAAUCCUGAAGAAGGAAUUCCAAUGAAGCCACCUCAAGGCUUCAAAGACUUUGCACUUGCUGAUGGACGUAUCAUCCCAAACUUGGGACAGAAGGUUGUUCAAAUGGCAUUUCAAUGUGGACUGGUACUGGCUGGAACGUUUUCAGUGGUGGACAGCGCAAAGCCACUACUCAGUGUGGGCAAGAUGACAAACUUGGGACACACUGUGAAGAUGACACCAGAUGGUGGCCAGAUUGUCUUGAAGAAUGGCAAGUCUAUCAAGAUCUGCUUCAGGUUCCUCAAUGUUCCGGAGGAGAAUAUGUCCAGCGAUGAAGAGUUUUACGCACCUUUCGAAAGGAAGAAGGACCUCCAAGGAGCUUGCUUUGUGCCGCCAGAAUUUAUCCAAGAUGGCCCGGGGUUGCCGGACUUUGCACAUCGCACCUUUCGCAUCCGAAAUCACUUUCAGCAGGAAGUCGAAGUGCAGAAGAACCCGUCGUGUUUGGAUGACCUAGAGCCACGACCUGGGGUUCAGCCAAUGAAGAGUAAGGGCAGCGCAGGGCAUCCCGACACUUGCAAGGAGUGUACCUUCUACUUCUUCAGUACGACUGGAUGCAUAAAAGGUGCAGAUUGCCUCUUCUGUCACGAAUUCCACCCAAGGAAAAACGGCAAGAAGAAUCGUUGCAUCAUGCGCGCUCUGCAAACUCGUAAAUCUCACGACGAUGGUAAGGAAGGCAAGGCAGUUUUGAAAGACGUCUGCAAGGCAAAAUUACAGGAGAAGACGGAAGUGAAAGCAGAAGAAUCCAAAGGUGCUGCAGUGGAAGUGCAGCAACAACUCUCGGUCGGGGGCGAUGGCAUGCUCCGGGUGACCUACAGUUCCGAGGAGGUGACAGCGAAGCUGACAGCAGCUUGGCUGGUCUCGUAG